ACUCCACAUACAGUUCCGCCACUUAUAGGACGGAUUUUAACCACCAGCAUGCAAACAACAUUUGUCUGGUUUUAUCUUGUUUUCCCCGUUUUCUUAGAAGGAUGCAGAUGUGACAUAAAACAACAAAAGAAAAUAAAAGGUCCUCAGCAACUUGCUCCAUAUGAACACUACAGAGUUGUGGAAGGGGAAAUCUUCAUGAUGCCUUGCAUUCAGUCUGUGAAGACUGUGUGGUCCAGGAUUGAAGAAGACACAGGAGGAAAUAGAGGUUCAUCCUUUGACUGUGGGCGGGAGUUUGCAAGUGAAGUGAAACAUUCUGGAAAGUACACAAGCUUGAAUGGGACGUCUGUCCUCCAUCUGCAGGUGGUUGAGAAAUUCAGCCUGGGAUGCUUCCAGCUCAAUGAGACUAUUGCAAUGCUGACAAAGCUAUCUGGUGGGAACAUUUUCUGCCCGGGCCUUACCUGCAAUAACAACACAGGUGUUGUUUGGUACCAGAAAAAAAAAACCAUGGCUGAGAUGAAUAGAGACUUCUGCAACGAGGAAGGAAGGUUAGAACUCUGCACCGUCUAUGAGAGUGAUACCGGUGUAUUUUUUUGUGAUAGACAAAUUUCUGAGGAAGGAGUCAUGUGGAUCUUCAGGAGGGCUGUUAAUGUCACAGUCAUACCACGCCCUCAAAGUUUGUCUCCCAAGAUUGAUGAUCCUAGUGCCAACAUGACGGAGGAAGUAGAAAUCGGUCGCCCUCACACUCUGAGAUGUAAUGUAACUUUUUAUUAUGAAAGGAAGCGUUCGUUAAAGGUAGAGUGGUUCAUGAAUUAUGGUGGCAACAUGAAGAAUACGACUCUACUGCACACAAACAAUACUGUAUGGGGGAAAGAGAAUCUUGAAUGGUUCACGGUCUCACAGACAGUCAUCAUAAAAGAAGUGACGCCACAACACUUGAACCAUACGUACACCUGCACUGCCACUAACGCUGCAGGGAGAGCCAGUGUCACAAUCACACUUAAAAAGAAAAAUCAAGUGAAAUUGCCAUCGUUGAUUGGAUAUCCAUUUGUGGCCUUCCUUGUGGCAGCUGGGCUCGGAAUCAUCUUAUAUGUGAAGUGGCUGGAAUUACAGGUCAUCUACAGGUCCCGCUUCCAGUAUGGAAAAUAUGAUGGAGAGAACAAAGACUUUGAUGUGUUUCUGUCGUUCGUAUGGAGUCCUCCAUCUGCACAGGUGCAGGAAGAUUUGACCUUUUCCUCCAAGUCAGGACCUUUUUGUAAAGAAGUAAAAGAAGCAGCACAGAAGGUCAGCACAUGCAUGAACCCGUUUAACUCGGGGGAAGGUCAAAUCAGCCAGACACAACUAGAAGUGCUGCUGCCACAAGUGUUAGAGGACCUGUGGGGUUACCGCCUCUGUCUGCUGGAAAGGGAUGUACUUCCUGGAGGAGCUUAUACAAAUGAUGUGGUUCUUGGAAUCAACAGAAGCCAAAUGCUGAUCUGCGUCCUCUCACCCGAAUACCUUACUAACAGCAAUGCUGUAUUUGUACUGGAAUCAGGAGUGCAGGCUUUGCUACAAAAGUCUGUCUUUAAACUCCUCCCAAUAUGGACCGGCGGAGCCUCAGCCUCCCUCAUCCAGACGGACACCGCGCUGUCCAGAGUUGUCCGAAGGAGCUUGAAUGUGCUACCCAGUCUGAAAUGGAGAUCAGAAACAUCUCCCACAGCCAACAGCAUCUUCUGGAGUUCUUUGAGGAAAGCUAUGCCGUAUAACAGGAACCGCACUCAUCCAGUGUUGAUGACACAAUCGUAAUAUCAGCAACAUUUUUACAAUAACGAGGUGCAGCUAUUUAAUCUUCGAAACAAUAACACAACUAACAAUGAUUCGUUUACCAAAAAUCCAUUGCAAGACCUCAAUGAGGAAAAGCUCUGGAAAAUAAGAAGUAAAAUAUCUAUGUUGGCCGAUAUGAAAAAUGACAAUGCGUAACUUUAAAAUGUGUGAAAAAAGGUGAGUCAUUCUGUAAACAUGACUCAGUUUUAUGUCGUGUAUGAAUUUCCACCUGCACUGAACGAUGGAAAACUAUUAAAAGCCUGUCGACUCUACAAGUUGA